CCGUCGGUUGUUUGCGAGACCUUCGACCAAGUGCUACCUCACGCGCUGGCGCAGUGACUUCAAUACAUUCCUAUUGUUUAUUUCGCGAUUGACUUUUGCCGAGUGACAGUGAUAGUUUUCUCAGUUUAAUUGUUUUAACAAUUUUAAUUUAUUAAAUUAUUUUAAAAUGAACAAAAAGAUUGAUUUAGGUAGUCUUUACCGCAGAUUAUUCGAUGCCUAUAGUGCAGCUUAUGCUGACAAAAAAAAACAAAUCAUACAAGAAGAAGUUAACGCCUUAUGGAAAAGAUUAAAAAAUAAUGAUAACAUUGAAGAUGAGACAGAAUCAAAAAUUAAAGAAUUACAAGUGAAAUUGACCAAAAAAAAGGGGACACUUUUGAGUUUUUUCUCAAAGAAUCCUUCUUCAUCAAAGGCUUUAGCACUAGUAAAGCCACAAGACAGUAAAGAGGACACUAAACUGAGUAAUUCAGAAGAAAUUAAAAAUGUUAUGACAGAACCAAGUAGAUGUCAAUCACUUCAAAUAGUAGCUAAACCAACACCUAGUCAACACGUUUCGAAGAAUAAAAUUAUUGUACUCGAAUCUGAGCUCAAUAGCUUAGUAUUAGCACGUGAUGCUGGUAUAGCGACAGAUGAUGCUACCAAAAAAAUAACAACAUUACAAAAAGAUAUUCAAGCAGAAAAGACCUCAUUGAAAAGAAAAAUCGACGCAGCGAAAUGCCAAAAAAAAAGUCGUGAUACUAAAAAACAAAAAUUUUUAGAACUGUGUGAAAAUAAUCCUGAUGUUGCAACUGCUCUUAAACUUCGAAAUACUUAUGGUCGGCCUAGAGUUGAGGAAAAUCAAUCCGGUUUACUUGAAGUAAUAAAAUCAAUUGCUCUUUUUGAUGGCGCAGCUGAUGAUCGCCGUCGUACUGAAGUUAUAAGAUGUUGUAAGACAUUAGACGACUUGCAAGCUGAACUAUUUAAGCAAGGCUAUACUAUCAGUCGCUCAGGAUUGUAUUUGAGACUUCUUCCCAAGCGAGUAAAUACAGAGGAAGGUAAAAAACAUGUCGUAACCGUUCCUGUCAAGCUUUGUAAACCAGACUCUACGAUACAUUCAAAGCAUAAAUAUGGCAAAUUUUGUACCGCUACUAUACGAAAUCUUGAAUCUGUAGCUUCAAUUUUGGGUCCGGAUCAAGUUUUUUUUUUUUUAUCGAUGGAUGAUAAAGCACGUGUACCUUUAGGCAUUACAGCAGCUAACGCUCAAGCACCAAUGUUAAUGCAUCUUGAUUACCGUGUCCAAUUGCCAGAUCAUGAUUUUGUAGUCGCCGAGAAACAUAAACUUAUUCCAUCUGUUUAUGCGGGCAUUCUAAUAAAAAAAGAUGGUGAAGGAUCACCUGAAGCUGUGACGUACUCUGGUCCUACAUACGUAGCAAUUCGUAGUGGAAAACAUUCAUCUUCCAAUGCAGAGACUCAUGCCAUUGACAUUCAUAAGCUUUCUGAAUUACCGACUUUCGAAAACUUAUUGAGAACUAGAGAAGGUUUUGUAAAACCUGUAUUUAUUUUCACAUGCGAUGGUGGUCCUGAUGAAAAUCCACGGUACGAGCGGGUUAUAAUUUCAGCUAUAAAACAUUUUAAAGAUUUUGAUUUAGAUGCAAUUUUUAUAGCUACAAAUGCCCCAGGAAGGAGUGCAUUUAACAGAGUCGAACGACGCAUGGCACCUCUUAGUCGUGAACUUACUGGUGUAAUAUCAAAUCAUGAUGAUUUUGGGUUACAUCUCGAUUCAAGUAAUCGAACUAUUGAUUUGGAGCUAGAAAAACGGAACUUUGAAAGUGCAGGAAAUGUGUUAGCUGAUAUUUGGAGCAAAUUAGUCAUUGAUGAAUUUCCUGUAGUUGCCGAAUAUUUCGAAAUAUAA